AGAUUCCUUUUAUGUGACGGACCUUGAUCCUAUCAACCUGCAAAUCAUCCAGUGUGAGACACAGACAGCUACUGAAGGAGCCUGUUAAAUAUUCAGUUGACCGGCAGGACAGAAGGGCAGCCAUGUUGAUCAUCUUAGCCUUCAUCAUCCUGUUCCAUGUGGCUGCAGCCAUCCUCCUCUUUGUUGCAACCAUUCACAAUGCAUGGUGGGUGGUGUCGCAGGCUGGCCGGGAUGUGGUCUACGCUGACCUGUGGUACACCUGUAACUCCACCUGUUUUCCUGUGGAGAACAGCCAUACUGUUGAUGCAGCAUAUCUGCAGACCAUCCAGGCUACUAUGAUCCUUGCCACCAUUUUAUGUUGUGUCAGCUUCUUCGUCUUCAUCCUUCAGCUCUUCAAGCUCCAACAGGGAGAGAGAUUCAUUUUCACCGCUAUCAUCCAGCUAUUGGCCGCUCUAUGUGUGAUGAUCGCAGCGUCUGUCUACACGGCUCAGAAGAACAGUUUCCACUUGGCCAAUCUCCGGGAAGGCACCUACGGCUCCUCCUACAUCCUGGCCUGGAUCAGCUUCCCGAUGAUUCUCAUGAGCGGCCUCAUGUACCUGGUGCUCAGGAAGCGCAAAUAGAUGUGACGCACAGGCAGGCAGAUAUCCAACAAUAUAAAAAGGAACACUUGGACACAUGCAUAAAGUCAUACACUUUGACUCAACAACCCAGCAUGCUAACAUUCUGUCUCUUACCCUUAGGUUUUAUAAGAGCAUGUGAUGCGCCAAGACUGUCCAGACACCCAGUUAGGUCCAUUGACAGACUUUUCUUGACACUUCUUUCCAUAAAAGUGCCUUAGAAACACUUUAGACAAUGGACUUAACUAAACAACGUUGAGUUGGACAGUCUUUUUUUGCAUUACAUCUACUAAAACAUGUUAAGCAAACAUAUACUAUGAUAAAUACAAUUUUGCCAACUGUUCUGGAUAGAUUCACGUACAUGAAGCUGAGGUAAAAUAUAUGCAAUACAAAUGCAGAGGAGCCAAUGCACCACACGUUCUCCACUUAGUUACUGCUUUGGAUAGAAAAUGCCCCUUGCUGCCUUUAGAGAGAACAUGCUUUCACCAUCUUCUCUCACUCUUAGCGUCGACACAGGACGUUGUUCCAACAUACUGUCCACUUGUUUCAUUGUGUCCUUUUGACCGUUCAAAGGGACCUGUCUGAAAUUCCCAAUCCCGAAGGUUAAAAUCAAAGACAAGUGGGGAAGUUUGUCUUAUUGGGAGGCAGGACUUUAUAAAGGGUCCAUAUUUUUUUGUUGUGAGUGAAUCUUUAGUCAACUGAAUUUAUUUUGUACAUAUUUGCUGUGUAUGUAUAGUUUAGGUUAUAGCCAAAAGCUUAUUUUCUAAGACUAAACAAAAUGAUCUUAUGUUAACCAUAGCAUGUAGGACUUGUAGUGAAGCACUAGUUGAAGUAUAAUAUAUAGGAUUUUAACUUGUUAUUUUUAUUUUACUGACUUGUGUUGUAAUGAUGAAAAAGGAACCAAUGAUGUGCUGUGAUAUCUGAGAUUUCAAAUGGCAACAGAGGAAUGUGUAAACUUGAAAUAAGAAUGAACUUUUCUUUGUUACUCUUUUUUUGUUCACAGCUUCACUGAGAAAAAAACAUUGCUAUUUAUUGAUUAAAACCACUGUUGUGUACUUUGACCAUCAUGUGACAAAGGAUGUAUGAAGUAAUUAAGUCUUGCCAUAUUUGUUUCCCUCUUUUGGUCCAAACUGUUUGUUUGAUCGAUUACUGAAACAUCUCUAACACUCCUGUUCGUGCUCCGGCAUUUAACAACAAUAAAUGUGUCACUGUACUGUACCCCAAAUUCCCAGAAUACUUCAAAUUUUGUGGAAAUAUAGGGAUAAUGUUUGAGAUAAUAUGUAGACUCUUUUGAUGUUUCUUUAUCUGAGUUUGGGGUUGUAACAGUUAAGGGAGACCAGCAUUCAUUCAUGCAUACAGCUUGGACUUGAUGGAUCCUUCCGGUGCACAGUUGAUUUUGUGAUAGGAAUGUGUUUGUGUUGUUUGGUCCACAGACUGGUAACUUUUUCAUCAAUAAUGAAGAUGCAGGAAAAAACAAGAACGUGAAGAUUUUUUACUCUUAUCUCGAGAUACUUGAAAAUGAUCAAAAAAACAUAUUGGAAGCCAAGUUUGUGUUUGUUUUUCCAGAUCAUUUUGUGAAGAUGUCAUCUUUAGAGUGUUCGACUAAAUAAUAAGCCUCCUGUUUCAAUGCAAGUUUUUUUUUGCAAGACCUUUUUUAACCUAUAUUGAAAUGAAAAGUAAGUUGCUAGCUCAUGUCAAAUGAUUUCAAGACAGAUCUAAAUAAAACGAUUACUUCAAUGUGCAAAGUCCUUUGCAAAUAUUCAACAGCAACCACAGGAUUCACCUCUAAGAGCAUCUCUUGAGUAUAAUUGGUCACGUUUCGGUUUAUGGUCGUUAUAAUUGUUCUGCAGUUUGUUUGAUGUCAAUGUAGAUGUAAUGUUCCUUAGUCAAUGUAAAUCUACACUAAUAACCACAGUAACAAAUGAGCAUAUGAGUGGUUGAAGCCUCGACUGCAUUCAAGGGGAUUUAAAAAAAAAAAAGUAAGCGGUUUGAAUUAGGGAUGCAAAUUAUCGAUUAAUUCAUUAAUCAUUAGUUGAUUGACCUUAUCGAUCGAUUAACGAUUAACUGAUAUAAACGGCUUUUUUCCUGAGAAUGUACAUUUCUCACUGUAUCGAUAGUGUCUUUAACAUAAAAAGCUAAAUAUUGCUUAUUUACUGAAUAAAAAUGCAUGCUAUAUUGCACAAUUGAUGUUUUAUUGUACCAGUUAGGAUAAUGUGCAGAUAAUGGCAUUUAUGUAGUUUAACAAAAUAAAUUAAGCACAGAAAAUUCAAAUACAUAAAAAAAUAAUUGUGCACUGGCUCACCUGUCGCAUGUGAAACAUUAAGCAAAAUAAAAUUAAUUUUAAAUAGAAAUCUAAACAAUAUGGGUAGGCAUAGCCUACACAAUAUUAAGCCUACACAUUAUAAUCUGGUUAACUACAUAUGUAAAACUUGAAACAUUAGCAGCAGCAUUUAUAAUCCCCUUUGGUCUGAGAAAGGUAACAGUAAGAUAACUAGCCCUGGAAACUUCAAAUAUAUUCUGAACACAACUUAAAUCAUCCCUGAGGAAGGUGACAGUAACAUUAGAGGGCGACCCUUAGAACAGUCAAAUGAAGAUAUAGGCUACCUCUCCUGAAACAAAAACAUGCCUGUCUCAAUGUGUUUUGAAUAGGCUCCUGACCUAGACCCCUCUAUUUUUGUUCAUGAAAAUAAGCAUAUUAACGUGGUCAGGAGUAAGUCGUGUGCGCAGCCUGUUUACAGUCAGG